UGUUUUCUUUUUCAGAUGUUUUUUUUUUCCCGAUGCUAUGCUACCGCUCAAGAAUUAAUGACCGAUAUUGUACAUUUAACUACUUGUCUACUUGACAAAUAUAUAUAUAUAUAUACUUUUUUUUUCUUAAAAGUUUCUUAUCUCCCAACUCUAAGAAUGAAUACCGUGAAGGAAUUAAUAAAUGACAGUUUCAAAGAAAAGGAACCCUGGCAAAUCGUGACGAUAACAACAGGGUCAGUACUUGGCGCUGUCUGGAUAUGGAACUUUUGUAACCAAGAUGAGAGUAUUGUCGUGCGUAGUAAAAAACAAAUUUUUAAAUUGGCCCGUUACAUUCCAUCAGUAAGAGAACAAAUCGAACGUGAGCUGAAUAAUCUAAAUGAUACUUUUGAAAAUGAGACUAAAAUUCGUCUCAAGGGAGUGCAGUUCGUGACAACUUUGCCCAAGAAAGGUCUAAAUCAUGACCAAGUUAUUGAAGCUGUCAAACAAUCCGUACAAAUGGGUAACUACGAUUGGAAAAAUGGUAAAGUAUCGGGAACUGUUUACAUGAAUGAUGAAAAAUUAAUAAGUUUGAUGGCUGACGUUUAUGGCAUCGCUUCGUACACAAAUCCCCUGCAUCCUGAUGUAUUUCCUGGUGUCUGUAAAAUGGAGGCUGAAGUUGUCAGAAUCGCUUGCCGUUUAUUUCAUGGCGAUGACAAUACUUGUGGAACUAUGACAAGCGGCGGUACCGAAUCAAUUUUACUGGCAUGCAAAGCGUACCGCGACUACGCACGCGAUGUCAGAGGAAUAAAACACCCAGAGAUGGUGAUACCGGUAACAGCACACUCGGCUUUUGACAAAGCUGCCCAAUUUUUGAACAUCAAAGUGCGCGCUGUACCGGUCAAUCCUAAAAGUUUUUCAGUCAGCAUCGAUGCCAUGAGAAAAUCUAUUUCUCGAAACACAAUAAUGCUCGUUGGUUCAGCGCCAAAUUUUCCUUACGGCACGAUGGAUAAUAUCGAAGAGAUAUCAAAACUAGGAGUUAAAUAUUCAAUUCCAGUGCACGUUGACGCGUGUCUAGGUGGAUUUUUAUUGUGUUUUAUGCCUGAUGCUGGAUUCACUGUACCUCAGUUUGAUUUUAUUUUACCUGGUGUCACUUCUAUUUCCGCUGACACUCACAAAUAUGGAUAUGCACCGAAAGGAUCCUCAGUAAUUUUAUAUAAAACUAAAAACUAUCGUCAUUAUCAAUUUACAAUAACCACAGACUGGCCUGGCGGCAUCUACGGAUCUCCAACAGUGAGCGGAUCACGUGCUGGUGGAAUAAUAGCCGCAUGUUGGGCAGCAAUAAUGCACUUUGGCUACGAUGGCUAUUUGGAGUCAACUAGAAAAAUAAUCCAGACAACAAAAUACCUCGAAUCUGAACUAAGAAAAAUAGACAGUCUGUUUAUCUUCGGCACUCCCGGUACUUCAGUUAUCGCACUGGGAUCAGAUAAAUUUCACAUUUAUCGUUUAUCUGAAGGACUCGCUUCCAGAGGCUGGAAUUUAAAUACAUUACAGUUUCCAAGUGCGAUACAUUUGUGCGUAACUUAUGUACACACGCAGCCAGGUGUUGCCGAUCAGUUUUUGGACGACGUUAGAAAUGUUGUGACUGAAAUAAAUAGCGCACCUGACGUCUCUGUCGAAGGACGGCUCGCGAUGUAUGGAAUGAGUCAGAGUCUACCGGACCGCACUGUCGUCGGUGACUUGACUAAAUUAUUCAUCGACUCCGUGUACUUUAUUCCCGAGGAGGAAAAAAAUUAGCGGCGCUAAAAUCUUGCCGAUUGAUCGCGCUACUGAUACCUGGAGCGUUUUAUAUUUUUUUAAUUUUAUCCAGCGGUAAUUGGUUACCACAAGUAUAAAGUUAUAAGGGGCCAUCCAUAAAUUACGUCACACGAAUUUUAGGACUUUUGAACCCCUCCCCCCGUCCUUGUCACAUUUUUGUAACCCCCCUCCUGAUGUGACGUCUCACAUUUUUUAAAUUUAUGCAUGAAUUUAAAAUAAUCGAGAGAAAACGGCUAUUUGAUUGUCUCACUUGCAUUACAACGCCGCUCUAGAAGUUAAAUGACGUUGCAUGGGAGAUAAUCUUAUAGCGAGAAUGCUAAAUUAUUAAUAGAUAUAGAUCACGUUCGUAAAUUUUUAAAGUUUUUUAUUCACACCUGAACUUCGCGUUUUAGUAUUUUUAAUUUUAACAGGUGACGUCACAAAACUAUUGACCCCCCAUGCCCCUGUCACAUUUCGGUGAUACCCCCCCUCCCCAUUAAAGUGUGACGUAAUUUAUGGAUGACCCUUAAAAAAAAAAAUCCCAAGAGGUUUUCGACACAGAAAAAAAUAAUUUUUUGGCGCAAAAAAUUUUUGUCCUCAAUUGAUAGUGCAAAAUAUUUUUUGUACAAAGAAAUUAUUUUUUUCUGUACUGAAGACGCGAUUUAUUUUAUUACCGUAACUGUAGCGCGAUAGUGCCAUUUUUUGCACAUGUGUUUGAACGCAUACUUGGCGCGAGACACUACCGUGUCUUUGGAUCAAUUAAAUACUAAAAAAUAUUUUUCACAUCAAUUUAUAUAUGGAUUGUUUUUUAUAAAUAAAUAUAUAUAUAUUUUUUCUGUCAAA